AUCAAGAGGAAGCAACAGUUUUGAGCAUUACCAAGGCUUAGGCCCAGAUGGCAACUCAGCAAUUGAGGAUGAAUCCGGGGAUCUGUUUUCUCGGAUAUCGUCUGCGAUUCCUGACCUUCACUUGCUACUGACUCGUUACAAAGAGACACAUGGACAACUCGGAUUGCGCGAAGAACUCAAUCGGCGAGCAGAAAUGCAGCAAGCCGAAACCAUCAAGCGCAAAGAUGACCAUAUCGACCAUCUGACGAAGGAACUCGAGGCAGAGAAGAAGGAAAGGGACUCUGAUAGAACGAAACAUAGACUGGAGCUUGGCAACCAGGAUGAAAAUCUAAGGGAGUUCAGGGAUCGGAUUGCUGGGUACGAACGAAACAAAGUCGAAGUCGAAAAGGCGAAGGCUGCUCUUGAAGCCGAUCGUGCAGCACUGGAAUCGUCAAAGGUGGAUAUGGAAAAGCGUCUCCUAGAAGAGUUUGAGAGCUGGAAAUCGAAGCCUCAUGAGCCCUGCAGAGGAGAGCAAAUUGCGCUUGCAGUUCAAUUCGAUAAAAGCCUGAACGAGCAGGAGCUUGCGGCUGAGGCUAAAAGGGUCGAGGCAGAGGAAAGCUUUUCAAAGCAAAAGAGCGAGAUGGUCGCCGAAUUCGAGAACCAAAAGAGUGAGAUGAUCGCCGAUUUCGAGAACCAAAAGCAAGCGAUAGAGUCAGAGUUCGAGAAUGUCAGGAAAGAAAUCGAGGCCAAUUUGACUGCUAUCCAGAAGGACCUCGAAGAUGCUUUACAGAAGGAGCAAGAGGGUCGGGAAUCUUGGAGUGCAGAGCGUGAGACUCUUAUCAAGGCGCAUGGCGAGGAACUUGAAACCCGCCAAAAGCAAUGGGAAGAACAGACCACCACCCUAGCGGCUCAGCACAAGCAAGAGAAAGAUGAUGCGGACAAAGUGUGGACCGACAGGCAUGCAGAUACAACAAAGAAGAUGGAGGAGGAGCAGGCUAAAGCCGAGGAACUCUCGAAAGAGAGGGACGAGCUGCAGAAGACUUUGGAUGAAGAGAAGCAGCAGUUUGCAAAGGAGAAAGAUGAGCUGCAGAAGACCUUCGAUGAAGAGAAGCAGCAGCUUCAAAAGGAGAAAGAUGAGCUUCAGACGAGCCUGGACAUCGAAAAAGAGCAGACAGGAAAAGAGAAGGCCGUGAACGAGGAGCUUGCAAAGGGAAUAGACCAGCUUCAGAAGAGCUUGGAUGAUGAGAAGGCGCAGGCUGUCAAGGAAAUGGAAGGAUUCCAGCAACGUUUGGACGAGGAAAAGGAGAAGUCCUCGAAGGACUUGGCGGAUCUACAGCAACUGGUGGACGAGGAAAGGGAGAGGUCUUCGAAGGACUUGGCGGGUCUACAGCAACGCCUAGAUGAGGAAAAGGAAACGUCCUCCAAAGAGUUGCAUGAUCUUCAGCAACUCCUGGAUGUAGAGAGAGCCAAGUUCGAAGCCGACAAAGCAGAAUACGAAAAACUCAUCCAAGAACUAGAGGGGCGUGUCAAAGAGGCAACCGACAUCCAGAAGCAGCUUACUGACGAGAAAGCUGCGCAUGAGCAAGAUCUUGAUGUCAUCAAGAGUGUCGCUGCAAAUCUGGAAAUGGAGAAGGCAAGGUUGGAAAAACUGGCCGAGAGUUAUGGAGGCAUCUCAGACAUCAAAAGUAAGGGAGACGCAUUCUAGUAAGUUUUUCUUUGUCGUUCUUGAAAAUCAUCGGAGAAGCACGAUAUGGUUUUGAGCAAGUCAUCACUGAGGGAGUAUCCUACAAGCUGAGCUACACAGCUUCCUAGGGUGACGACAUUUCAUUCGAGAAUGCGGUUAUUUUCUGCCCACGGUACUGCUGGGGUCAUGUCCCGUAUCGUUUAGCACCAUCAAUCCAUUGUAGUUCGAUCG